AUUCAUGAAAAAAUCAGGGAAAACAGAAAUCAGAGCAGAAACACACAUGCUACUAUGCUAGCUAUUCAUGGGCUAUCUAGCAAACGACGUCGAACUAGUAGCCAGCUGGGGCGUGGUGAGAGCUUAACUGACCCAUCCAUCGGCAAAGCUUUUAACAAACUGACGUUAAAUUUUGUCGGAGCUUUGGCGCCUGAAAAUUGAAUAAGUAUGUAACUGCCAUAAUCUAACAAAAAGCAAGACUUUUUGAUCCAAAAUGCCAAUAGCCCAAUGCGGGUUUGCCUGAACUUUAACUUCAAUGAAGAGAAAAAAAUUCACUAUUAACUCCGGCGACGAUUCAUCGCCAAUCCGUUCUGCGUUUCCAAGAGGUUUCCACGGAGUUCGGAGUUCCAAAACCCGAUUGAACACUGCUGCGUGUCGAGAAACUCAAGCUGAUAACCCUAAAACAUCAGAAUACUCGUUCUUUAAGAAAUUUAAAGAAGAUGCAGGUCAUAGAUUUCACAAACCUUCACUUCAUCAAGCUCAAAAUUCAUGCUCAAUCUUCAAAGCGAGUGACUCUUCUUGUAGGGAGGGAGGCAACAUUAUUGAGAAUAGCCAUAAGGAAUUAAAGUUCUCAUUGCGCCCUAAAAAUGUACCACCAUCAGAUAAUUUUGUUUCUUUCCCUUCGCCACCAGUGAAUGCAUCAAAGAAGUCAGUGAUAGACAUGAGGAAAGUUGAUUCAUCCUUAGCAGAUCUACACGGUUCACAUGAAAACAUGGAGGAAUAUGGGUCCCCAUGCAAGAAUGCAGACAUAUUUUCUAGAAAAAGGCAGAAACUGCGUCAGCUAGUUGCGGAUAUCUCAUUUCCUGAAGUUGAUGAACUCUGCGCUAAAGGGUAUGAUUUUGUUUCUGCGCUGCUUAGUAAGCUGUUACCUGAAAGCAAUGAGGAAAAGUUGUAUGCUCUCUUGCAGAGUUUUGAGCUUUUAAAGAUGGGGAAAUUAGAGACUGAUAUCAAGUCCAGGUCUCUCCCUCCUCUGAAGUCAGAAAUGCGUUAUAAGAAAUCUCAUUGGACGCCUACAAGCAACUAUGUAGAACUUGAACAUGGGCAAACAUUGGAUGUGGACUUCUCAUCUUGUUUUUUGGAAUUACCAGAAGAGAAAGAGCUUCCAAAUCCCAACUCUCAAAGCCAUCAUUCUCACAGGACCUACCUUGACACCACAAAUAUGGAGCUUAAUUAUGAUUCAGCAUUUCACUUCCAUAAUAAAAAACAUGGUUCUCUUACAUCAAGACAUCUUAAGGAGUUGGCUGAAUUCCACUAUCCCAUUGAGCCGCUGCUUGGAGGAAAGCCCUGCACUCUUCUGCUGGGUUGGGAUUUUGAUGACAUGACAGAUAAAAGCAACCUAUCUAUUCAUUGUCAAAAUGCAGAGCUGAGCCUUCUUCCCAUUCUAUCUAGCUCGCAUGGUGAAGUUCAGAAGCAAAAUUUGGAUAGCGGGUUUAUUGCAAGUGGAUUAGGUACACCAUCCUUGUUCCCCUAUCAUCCUUCAAAUUUGCCUUUGCUUCAGUGCUCUCCUUCAGUCAGCAACAGGAGCCAUACUCUUGGAGAACGUUCUCUUGAAGUUAAGGAUGACGUACUUUCAGUUCUUAACGACUUUUCUUUAUCCCUGCCACUCACUGAAAACCAUCUGAAUCUAAGUGGGUAUUCUUAUUGUAACACCGCAUGCCAAGGUGGCAGCAUCUUGUUUUCUCCUCAAAGUAACCUUUGGGUUAUGAGAAGGCUUCUGAAUGAUGAGCAUCACUGUCCUGGAACAGAAAACUGCUUUUCAACUGGAAAAGAUUUUUAUUUAGAACCAGAGUGCAUUCCAGUAAGUGAUUUUUGGAGAAAUCAUUAUUCGCAUACUUGCCAUGCUCUUGAAUUUCCCCAAAAUGAAGGCAUGUCUUCAUACUUUCUUACUUGGGAUAAUAAUGAGAAAUACCUAGAUGGUUUAAGUCGAAGAGAAAACAUCAAUCAUUUCUCUGAAGAUAAAGUUAAUGUCCAUGACUUGUCAUCCAUUUAUUUCCAGAUGUCAGUUGAUAAAGAGAAGGCAUGUCCCUUGCUGCUAGGUAAAUCACAAUGGUAUGAUUCUAAGGCAGAAAUGUAUUUUGAUGACAAUGAAGUGAAAUUCUGAUGCUUCGUGUUUUUGGUGGUCCUUGCUUUACUAAAGAGUUGCUGUGCUCUCACAUGUAGCAAAUUAAUUCGCCAUUCAAAGUUCUUGAGGUUGUAGGAUUAAAGCUUAAAUAUAUGCUUUUGUGUCGUACCUUCCAGGCCAUGCCUUGUGAAACAUGUUGUGUAACGUUCAGCUACCAAUGUGAUCACAUUGAUUUUUUGGAUGACAAGCAAAGGAUAAAGAUGUCGAAGGCAAGUUCACAAGUCACAAUUGUAGAAAGCUAGCUUGAAGAUGGUGCAUUUAUAGUAAGUCCUAAUUCUUUGCUGUCGAACAAGAAGCAAUUAAGAUCAAUUUACUCCUGA